AAUUCCUUUCCAUGCCUAGCGUACCAUCCGCUCCGUACCGUCCAAUUUGCGGUUGACUCUUGCCCCUCUCAUGCGCUAGGGGACUUACAAUGGCGGCCCCAAAUGCCCCAGAGCCCGAGUACCACUGUUUGCCCGGUCACUUUCACUCACUUCCCCCACGGCACGUCUCUGUUCCGUCUUCCGUCGCCUACUCCACAAUCCAUGAAACCCUGUACUUGGGAUGUACCCCAGCUUCGAGGCAGGCACAGAUGACACCUAGUGUCACGCGGUCAGGCGUUGUUUUCGUAGCUUACCCACCGUCAGCUCUCUUGCGCCCGUUUCCAAUAUCCAAGUUCCUUCGAUUCUAGGAUGGCAAGUUGACA